AUGAGAGCCAUGCCCCUUGCUACCCUCUCUUGCUUGCCAAAAUGCAGAACCUGCCCGAGCUUGGACACCCCCACUAGGCUAUCGAGAGCCUACUUGCGGCAACCAAAACAGACAUCGAGAACACCACCCGCGAAACGAAAAUCAUCAGGAUUGCGGUGCAGCAGAGCACAGUCGAACUUACAAGCCCAAUGCCAUGCGCGCGGUCAUCACAGCCGCUAG